AUGGUGUCAGGAGUAAAAAUAAAAAAACACCCUAAAAUGGAAACGUUUAAGCCCCCGAGUGCAUUGAAUUUGACGGGAAACUUGCGAGAGAACUGGAGGCGAUGGAUUCAGCGAUUCGAGUUGUUUUUGACCGCGUCAGGGAAAGUCAAAGAAACGGAAAAAGUCCGGUGUGCAAUUUUACUUCAUCUCAUCGGUGAUGAAGCCCUCGAAAUCUACAACACGUUUACGUUUGGCGAGGGCGAGGAUCGUGAUAAGUUGAGCGUGUUGAAGAAGAAAUUUGAAGAUUAUGUAAAUCCUCGAAAGAAUACUGUAUUUGAACGAUAUAAAUUCUGGGAAUGCAAACAACAAGAAGGUGAAACAAUCGACCAAUUUAUAACGGAGUUGAAAACACGAGCUAAGUCAUGUGAAUUUGGUGAUCAAACGGACAGCAUGAUUCGAGAUCGUAUAGUAUUUGGGGUGAGUGAUAUUCGAUUAAAAGAACGAUUGCUUCGUGAAUCGUCUGAACUCACUCUUGAAAAAGCUGCAAGUUUGUGCCGAGCGGCGGAAGAAAGUGCGAAACAGCUCAGAGAGCUUCGGAAGCAAAAUGUUGAUCCAAGUGAACCGGAAGUUCACGUCGUAAAGAAACCCACUCGAGGUGAGUCGCUAUUUGAUUGUAAUAGAUGUGGAACUAAGCAUGCAGUAAGAUCUUGCCCUGCAUUUGGAAAACCUUGCCACAAAUGUAAAAGAAAAAAACACUUCGCACGAAUGUGUCAAAUGUCAAGAAAUUCUUCUGUUGAUGAAGUGUCAGAAAAUACUGGGGAAGCUAACACUAGAAAUGACCCAACACUCGAGUUAAAUAGUUUAUUUAUUGGAACCAUAACUAGCCCCACAACAAGUUCUGCAUGGUUUGUGAGUGUGGGUAUAAAUGGAACACAAGUUCGAUUUAAACUUGACACUGGAGCUGAAGCCAAUGUGUUGCCAUUUAAUGUGUAUUCAAGUCUAAAGAUUAGUACAUCCCUGCAGAAAACUGAUGUGGUUUUAACCUCAUAUGGGAAUUUUAAAGUCAAACCGGAGGGGAAAGUUUUCCUGAGAUGUGUCGUCAAUGGUCAGUCUGAAAUGCUACCAUUCUUUGUUGUUACUGUCCAGUCAACCCCAAUACUAGGUCUGCAGGCAUGUGAGAAAUUAAACCUGGUCAAGAAAGUUAAUGAAGUGCCCCCAUCACCCUCCACUAAAGAACACAUUAUUCAUGAUUACCCAGAGGUGUUUGAAGGGCUUGGCUCCAUGGACGCAGAAUAUCAUAUUGUUGUUGACAAGACUGUCAAGCCUGUCAUCCACCCACCACGAAAGGUUCCCUACAGCAUACUGGGAAAGUUAAAAUAGAAACUUUCGCAUGGGUUAACAGUCUUGUCAUAGUCGAGAAACGUGAUGGGUCUCUGCGGUUAUGUUUGGAUCCCCGUGAUCUGAAUAAGGCUAUUCAACGGGAGCAUCAUAGAAUUCACACAGCAGAGGAUAUUGCCACUCGCCUUAGUGGUAAGAACUUAUUUUCCAUAGUGGAUGAAAAAGAUGGGUUUCGGCAGAUCCACCUAGAUGAAGAAAGUUCCCAUCUCUGCACCUUCAAUACACCCUUUGGUCGCUUCCGCUUCACGAGAUUACCAUUUGGUGUGUGUUCAGCCCCUGAAGUGUUUCAGAAGAAGAAUGAAGCAUUGUUUGGUGAUAUUGAUGGUGUCGAGGUGAUAUUUGAUGACAUAAUUGUGGCAGCGCGGGAUGAAAAAGAGCAUGAUGAAAUUAUGGCAAAGCUGUUGGAAAGAGCAAAAGCAGAAAAUGUUAAAUUCAAUCCAGAAAAGCUUCAGUACAAAGUCAAAGAAGUGAAGUACAUGGGUAACAUUGUAUCUGAAUCGGGUUUGAAGCCAGAUAGCGAGAAAGUUCGUGCAAUCCUGGACAUGCCCUUACCUAAGUCAAAGGAAGAAUUGCGAAGGUUCCUUGGAAUGGUCAAUUUUUUCUCGAAGUUUAUUCCAGGUCAAUCGAGUAUUACUGACCCUCUACGGCAGUUGUUAAAGAAAGAUUCAGUUUGGGACUGGUCCCAUGAACACACUGGUGCAGUAGAGCAACUGAAACAGAUCCUCUCAAGUCAGCCUGUCCUGAAAUUUUUUGACUCAGCAAAGCCAGUCAAGUUGCAAGUUGAUGCUUCGAAAGGUGGCCUUGGAGCUUGCCUUCUACAAGACGGACAUCCCGUUGCAUAUGCAUCCCGGUCACUGAGCUCUGCUGAGGAGAACUAUGCGCAAAUUGAAAAGGAGUUAACCGCAGUUGUCUUCGGAUGUGAAAAAUUUCACUGUUAUGUUUAUGGUAAACCAAUUGAUAUAGAUUCUGAUCACAAGCCCCUUGUUUCCAUCUCCAGAAAACCCUUGGUACAAGCCUCCCCCAGGCUCCAGCGAUUGUUGCUCCGACUACAAAAGUAUGAUGUCACCAUCAACUACCUUCCAGGCAAAUAUAUGUAUGUUGCAGAUGCACUUUCACGAGCAUUUCUUCCUGAUGGCCCUGUUCCUGAUGAAAUGAAUGAUGAUGUAACGAAGAUGAUCCACAGCCUCGUUGAAAACCUCCCAAUGACAGUUGAGAAGCUUGAAGAAUUGAAAUCAGCAACAGUAGAAGAUGAAGUCCUGCAGCAGUUAAUCCAAUUCAUCAAAGACGGAUGGCCUAGUAGUCGAGUGAAUAGUCCAUCGGCUGUUGGUCACUACUGGAAAUUUCAAGACGAAAUCUAUGAAGCCAAUGGGUUGUUGUUUUUUGGGCAGAAGUUAAUUAUUCCAGAGAAGCUGAGACCAGACAUUCUUCGUCGAAUUCAUGAGAGCCACCUGGGUAUGGAAAAAUGUAAAUCGAGGGCUAGAGCAGUAGUCUAUUGGCCCGGAAUGUCAGCGGACAUUGAAAGAUUAGUAGCGAAAUGUUCAACUUGCCUGAAGCACCAAAGAAGCAAUCAGAAAGAGCCACUAAAGCCACACACAGUGCCUGCCAGAGCAUGGCAAAAAUUGGGAACAGACAUUUUUGAAUAUAAGUCCAAGUCCUACUUAGUAAUUGUGGACUAUUACUCGAAAUUUCCAGAAAUUUCUCUCCUUAAAGACAAAUCAAAUCAAGCUGUCAUUACCAGUAUGAAAUCAGUAUUUGCCCGACACGGCAUCCCGGAUGAAGUUGUCGCAGAUAAUAUGCCCUUUUCAAGUAAGGAAUGUUUACAGUUUGCACAAGAAUGGGGAUUCAAAAUUUCAACGUCCAGUCCUCAUUACCCCCAGUCAAAUGGCAUGAGUGAGCGUACAAUUCAAACCAUCAAGAAUCUCCUUCGUAAAGCUGAUUAUGAAGGAAAUGAUCCCUACAUCGCCCUCCUGGAGUACAGGAAUACUCCAUUUACAGGAAUGCAAGAAUCGCCAGCUCAGUUAUUAAUGAGUCGCAUGCUAAAGUCGAAGUUGCCUACGACUACGGCCCUCCUUCAGCCCAAAGUUCAAGAAAAUGUUCGUGAAAAACUUGAGCAACGUGCCGAGAAGCAAAAAGAGUACUUCGACAGAAAUGCAAAGCCAUUGCGACCUGUAAAGAUGUAUCAGUCUGCCCGAAUUCGAAGAGGAAAGGGCCAGCAGUUAUAACAGGUACGCAUAAAGCACCUAGAUCCUUCAUAGUAACCACACCACAAGGUGGAGUGUAUCGUCGUAAUCGCAGACAUUUAUUACCCACUAGUGAGCCUCCACCUAACAAUUUAGGACCAGACUACGAUGAAGAAAUUAUGCCUGAGCCUAGACCAAAUAACGUUGUUGACCCACAACCUGUAAGGCGCACCAGCAACCGCGCAGUUAGACUGCUUGAACGACUCAGGAAUGACUAUGUUAUGGAAUGACUAUCUUAAGCUGUUUACAUUUAUAAACAUUAAUAUUGUUGUUGUGUUAUUUGGAGUAUUGCAGUUCUUGCAAGAUGCUCGGUGUUAUGAAGUGUGACCUUUACUGAACAAUUGAAGCUAAUUAGCUGUUGAACAAUAUGUGGCUUUAGUAAGAAAGGGAGAUGUCAUAAUUAUGUUAAUUUAUGAUAAGCACGUGAUCAUGAUAAAAGAUUGUUGUUGAACAUGGCGACGUGUGUAGUGUAUAAUAUGACAUGCACUUUCCGAAUAUGAAAACCAAUUGUUCAUACGCCAAGUAAUUCACGUAUAAUAGCGCGCUGAAGUUCGAUUACCUUUUUUUUAUACACCCUGUAUUCCUUGAGAAAUUAUCAUUUGUGACACGAAUAGAGAAUAUAAUUCCGAGUCGCAUCGAAAAACAAAGAGUUAAGACAGUAAGUUAAACAAAAAUUAAAUUGAAUAGCAUAAAUUAAGCACAAAGUUAAAGGUGGGAAAAUGUGAUAAUCUUGUAUUUGGUCAUUUUUGCUUUGAACGAUAGAAAAAAGGUUGGAAGUUCUACAAGAACUGGAGCUUCGAAAAUGUAAAAAAUAUUCUGUGGAAAGAUCCUCAGACGGCCAGACCCCUGUUUCUUCUAUAACUUAGUAUUACCACUGGUCGAAUACGGUUGUCAUUCCAAUCCUAAAAAAAAUGGUCGUAAGAUAUGUACGCUUAAAAAUGUGUUUAAAGUGCUUCUGACUUCGCAAUGGAGCGAUUUAUUGUGUAUCUCAGCAUGUAUGCAACCACAACCUACUUCCCAGGGUCAGACUGGCGGGAAGGGGGGGAGAAAGUUUGCCCCCAGGGCCCCGAAAUUGACAGAGGCCCCUAAAAUAUCUUCAUACAAGAUUGCUUUAACCGAGAAAUCCUAGCUCCGUUGUAAAACAUCGCUCGCGACCGGAAAUUGCACAGAAAAAUGAUCAUGUCGCUGAGUAUUCAUUGCAUGACAUUGUGGGCUCAGUCAAGAAUUUCCCGCGCUUUUUGUUUUACUUUAUUUCUUCGACUUAUCUGUGGCGAAAUAAGGCUCAAAUUGUAAGUUUAAAUUGUUCUUCAUUAUGCUUGAGUCACCGAAAAUUUUUCUUGGCCCUUUAACCUUUUCUUAAUCCCGAAAUUCUAUCAACAAAGCAAAAACUUUGCCGACCAACUCUUGAAAAAAAUUAGCAGUUUUCCUCAUUAAUAUUCAGAACACGUCAGCAUGUACAUUCUAUGCAUGUUCAGUUAAGAUGAGCUAGCCCAUCUUAACUCUCCGUUUGUGGCUGCAAUUUAUGAUCGUGGAUCUCCCGUUUUACAAUUAUGAGGGCAAACUCUCGGUGGCAUUGCUGUUAACCAACCUAAGUAAAUCUGAUCUCAUGUCCUAGGCUACUGUAGGCCUCUGAGUUAGGGGAGGCAGACCUAAUUCAGAUAUAAGAGACAGCUAGCGCGCUAACCACAUUUGUAGCCACCCGUGUUUUCCGAUCAAUUUCGCAUGAGAAAAUAGACCGCAUGCAGGUAUCAGCAUAACGACAGCAGAAAGACGUUUGUUGGGCUAUUGUGUAGAAGCUUGCUGGCAAGGAAGGCGAAAUGGCAACUUGCUCCACUAAAACUAAUACUCAUACAGCAGGCUCUCACCACUUGACUUGCAAUAUAUGCUUGGAAGUGCUGCAAGACCCCGUUCAAUGUGUCAGGAACGAACACUACUUUUGCAAGAAGUGCAUAAAAAAGCAUUUAACGCGAUCCCAAACCUGUCCGGUUUGCCAAGACGAACUUACUCCUGAAACACUUCGUCCUAUCUCGAGAACCGUGGCGAAUAUACUCGAGCAGUUUCAAUCGCUGAAAUGCAUGUACGCCAGUCGUGGAUGUUCGAGCGCAGUACGAUAUGAAACGUUGUUGUCGCAUCACGAGGAAUGCGGUUUUGCUCCUGCCCAAUGUGUGCACGAUGGAUGUGAAGAGACUGUCAACAGGAAAGAUCUCGUCAGCCAUCAGUAAGCCCGCUGUGAAUUUCGAUCGGUAACUUGUGAAGAUUGUCACAAAGCGAUGAAGCAAAGAAAAUAUGGAAAACACAAUUGUGUCUUGCGAAGGGAAUUAGAUGAGAAUAAACGAGACUUGGCUGAAGUUAAGAAGAUUUUGCGAGAAAUUCAAGGAGAACAACGUCGACAAGGCGAAGAAAACCAACGAAUGGCAAAAGAAUCAAGACAGCCCCAUGCAACGCGAAGACGACAAAGCGACAACUCGAAGCAUCAACCCGGUGCAACGGGAAAACAACAACGCGACGACUCAGCAGUACAAGCAAAUGAAUUAAAAUCGGACGCAAAGAAGACAGAACACGAUACUUUAACUACACAAAUAACAAGUGAAAUAAGACAACCGAAAGCAGCACAGAUUAUUGUAGCUGGAGGAAGCAACAAAUCAUAUGAAGUCUUCGACUGGUCCACUCAGAAAUGGACUUUGUAUGGAGACACUUUGUUUUUCAAUCAUACUGACGCAGCUCCAUUCGUUUAUGACAACAAGAUGUUGAUUUGUGGUGGAACAGACACGAACCGAGUUGGAUGUCUGGAUAUUGCCAAGGAUAGAUUUGCCAGUACCUUACCCACACAAUUACCUGGUACAGAAUGUGGCAAAGGGGUUCUCUGUGAUGAUAAAAUACUGACUUUCGGUGAAUCGGUAUCGGCUGCAUCUCUUAAACCUCCAUUUAAAACCACAGUUAUUGUUCCUUACAACGACAACAAAAAGAUGUCCGCCUAUGGAGUUGCUUGUAUCAAUGAAAACGCUGUGGUCCUUGUUGGUGGUACCACAAACGAAAGUCCAGUUACGACGUGUGAUGUCUUACUUUACAAUCCAACGAAGAAUGAUUUCAAAAAGCUAGCACCCUUGCCCUACAAUGUUGCAGACAUGGCCGUUGUUGUGUACAAAGACAACCUUGUUAUUUUCGGAGGGAGGAGAACUUAUUAUGUAGAUUCACGUGCAUGUCGAUUCUUAAAGAGUGAAAGUCUAAAUGGCGUUUUGAUGUACAAUAUCACAAAUCAACAGUGCCGCAAGUUGCCGAACAUGUUGGAAAAAAGGUGAAGUUCGAUUUGAUAAAUCGUUAAGUCUGGUCAUUAUCAUUUAGUCAAACCCUCUUUAUUUGACAUUAAACUACCUGUUGCAUUAUUACUAAAAGCAUGCUUUUGGAUGCACUAUAUAUAUCAGUGGAAUAUUGCCUUUUAUCUCGUUUAAAUUACAAAUUUCAGUCCUACAUUAAGACUUUUAAGAUAUCCAUUUGCCAUCCUAGGUGGUUCUGUUUAAUUACUAAAUUUUCGACUAUUUCUGUAUUCCACUAUUUUAGAUCAAGAUGUGCUGCAGCAAUUAUGGGUGAUACGAUUGUUGUUAUGGGAGGAGUUUGUCUGUCCAGUGCGAAUCUCAAGACAGCAGAAUACCUG